AUGGCCGACUGUGGCAGCAACAGCAGCAGCAACACGGCCAGCAGCAACAGCAGCAACAGCAGCAGCAGCAGUGUCUGUUUCUUUCAGCAAAAGGAGCACCAGAAGAAGCUGCAGCAGCAGCAGGCGCUGCAGCAGCAGAAGCACGAGGCGCCGAAGGGUGGCGUGCAUACUUUUGUCUCGAGCUCAUCGACUGCUGCUGCUGCUGCUGCUGCUGCUGCUGCUGCAGUGUCCUACGCACCCAGCGCCGAAGAGCUGCAGCAAUACUUGUCCCUUUUUGCUGCUAAUGAUCCUCAAGGGGGUGCAGGGCUGCUGGGGGGCACAGAGCUGCGGCCGCUGCUUGCUGCUUCGGGGCUUCCUGCUGCUGAUCUUGCUGCAGCAUGGGCAGCAGCAGAUGCUGACGGCGACGGCUGCCUCUCUUGCUUCGAGUUUGCUGCUGCAAUGUCCCUAGCAGCAAAACGCAGACAGGGAGCCCCCAUUCCUUUGCUGCUGCCGCCGGAGCUGCAUCCUCAAGCGCUGCAGCAGCAGCACAGGAGGCUGCAGCAGCAGCAGCAGCAGCAGCAAGUGCAGCAGCAGCAGCAGCAGGCGCAGCCGGAUUGGGGCGCAGGGUUUGAUGCCUUUGGAGAUACCACGGAUGCCAGCGGAGGGCCUGCAGCAGCAGCAGAAGCAGCAGCAGAAGCAGCAGCAACAGCAGAAGACACCCCCGAAGCAAACAAGGACAGCAGCAAACGGAAGCCCCGCAGCACGUCUCCCCGCAGCAGCAGCAGCAAAUCCAAAAGCAAAGCCAGGGCCCACAGCAGCAGCGACGACGAGGCAGCAGCAGAGGGCCAGCGGGGCGCCCGCAGCAGCAGCAGCAAACGCAAGGAGCAGCGGAAGCAGCAGCGGCAGCAGCAGCAGGAGGCGCAGCAGCAGCAGCAGCAGGAUGAAGAAGACGCGGACCUCAACGCGUCUUGGGGCAGAGACAAAGACUGGGAGUCCUCUGGCGACGAAUUUGGAGAGCAGCAGCAGCAGCAGCAGCAGCAGCAGCUGCUGCAGCAGCAGCUCGAGCAGCACCUCGGCCAGCAGCAGCUAAGGUCCCGCAGCUACGAAUACCCAGACGAAGAUGACCAGUUCUCCUUAGACAUAUCCACCCCACUGCAGCAGCAGCAGCGGCGCCGCAAGCAGCAGCAGCAGCAGCAGCAGCAGCAAGGCAGGAAUGGCCUGCAUGAAGGGGGAAGGGAAACAGCAGACUCAGCAGUGGCGCUGCUGGAGAGUGUUGUCGAGUGCGACAAGCGUCUGGCGACACUGAUGGGGGUGGAGGUGGAUCUUGCUGCUGACGAGCUGCUGCAGCUGCGCUCAGUUGCUGCUGCACUGCAGCGGCAGCUAAUAACGGAGAAGCAGCAGCUAGCAGCAGCAAUUGACAGAAGAAAAGAAUUCGAAGCUUUGCUGCAGCGCGAGCGGAUCAGGCUUGAAAAGCUGCAGGAGGCUAGGAGAUCUCUCGAAAUGGAACGCAUUGGGGCCCACAGAGACAUCCAACAUUAUCAAGAAGAGCUGCUAUUUUUGAAGCAGCAAGUAGCAGCAGCAGAAGCAGACCUGCGCUCUCUCGCAGAUGCAGCAGACGCCACGCGCAUGCAGCAGCAGCAGCAGCAGCAGCAGCUCGAAGCACUCGACUCCGAAAGGAGGAUAGCAGUGGAGACUCUUAAAUCUGAGAAAGAUCUUCUCGCCAAGGAGGAGAGAGAAAUCGAGGAAAUGAAACUGCUGCUGCAGCGCCUACGGCGCGAAAAGACAGAUGGGCAGUCGCAGCAUGCAGUACUGCAGGAGAAGCUUCGGCAGACCGAGCACGACGUGGUGCUGCAGCGCGCAGCUCUGGACUCGGCGCACACAGAAGCCAUUUCGACGCUGCAGCAAAGGGUGCAGCAGCAGCAGCAGAAGCAAAAGCUGAUUUCGGAGUUAAAUCAGCACACCCAGGAGACAUGGGCAGCGCAGCGCAUGCGCGCUUUAGAGGGGCCCCACGGGUCUGGGGGCCCCCGUGGGCUGACGUCUGCUGCAGCAGCAGCAGCAGCAGCAGCAGCAGGUGGAUGGACUGCAGCAGAAGCCCCGCAGCGGCGAGACCUCAAAGGAGUCCCAUCUGGAGGCGGCGGAGGUUUUUUUCUGUCUUCUCCCCGCAGCGUGCAUGCACACGCCAUGGACACGGCCCCGCCCCCUGCAAACUGGAGGACGUUCAAGGCCCCCACUGCUGCUGACCUGGUGAUGCCUCGCGGCGGAACAGCAGCAGCAGCAGCAACACUUGGAAUUACAGAUUUUGCUGCUGGUGCUGCUGCUGCUGCUGACGACAGCAGAGACCUCAGGAGGCACUUGGAAGGUCUUUCCAUCGACAGCGUCAAGAGCGAUACGGCCUUCGUAUGCUUUGCUGCUGCUGCUGCUGCUGCUGCUGCUGUAUGA